AUGCAGUCCGACGAUCUCUUCAUCCGUAAGCUGCGCAGACAGAGCCCGCGUCCGCCCCUGUCCACCGUCAACUUCGACCACAAACGAGACGCCGGGCUCCGCGCUCAGACGGUGCCCGAGUGGCCCCCGAGGAGGGAUGGGGAGGGGUCAGAGGGCGACAGCAUCAGGCCCAGCCGGGCGCUGAACCUCCGGUCGGCGGGACGGGGCCAUAUCAUGCAGAGGAGUAACAGCGACGUGACCCUGGGGGAUCUGGACUCGACGGGGAAGGGUGGGGCCAAGACGAGCCGAGCCGGAGGGGAGAAAACGGGAGCGGGAGGGCAGGGCGAGGCGGGGCUGGUUCUCCACAGGGAGUACGGGAGCCUCUCCUCCCUGGAACGACAGAGUCAACUCCCCCCCGAACCCGGCACAGAGGAGCCUGCCGCACUCAGCCCCAACGCCCUCCGCUUCAAAGACCCCUUCCUGCUCCUGGGCCUGCACGAGACCCUGCCCGAACCCGACGGGUUCUUCCGAGCCCUUUCGGCACCCGCGGGGGACUCACCGAAACCCGCCAAGCCCCCAAAACCGGAGUCGCUGGUGAAGAAGGCCAAAUCGUGCUCCUCUCCGUCUGCGAUGCCCGCCGCGAGCGACAGCCUGGGUGGAGGCACCUGGGUGAGAAGCUUCGCGCACUACGACGUUCAGAGCAUCCUGUUCGACCUCGCGGAGGCUGCGACGAACAGAGACAGCGUCGGACGCAAAAAGAACAUCACCUCGGGAGCGUCGGCCGCCUCCCAGCUCCGCCCGCUCGCGCAGGCCGCGCCCUCUUCGCCCGCGCAGGGCGGGUGCGGGGGCGGAGGUGGCGGGGGAACGGGCGGGAGCGGAUCCGCGGAGGAUCCCGAACAGACGCAGCUGAUGCUGGACGAGGGAGACGGGAACGAUAGCGACCUCCUGCUCAGCUGCCCCCACUUCCGAAACGAGAUGGGCGGGGAGGAGAGGGCGGGGCUUGGGCGUCCCAGGGGCUGCGGUGGCAGGUGGAGGAGUCUGAGGAGUCCAAACGAUGCUGUGUCUGUGUUAGAGGAGCCCAGAGAGAGUCACAUACAGCAGCAAGGGAAGAGCAACUACUUUAUCGAACACGCUGACCUGGGAGCGCGGUAUUACCACAAAUACUUCUACAUGAAAGACCAUCAGAACUUCUUUGGGAUGGACGAACGUCUGGGCCCAGUUGCCAUCAGUUUCCGCAGGGAGGAAAAGGAGGGCUCCAGUGGUGCCCAGUACAACUACAGGAUCAUAUUCCGCACCACGGAGCUGAAGACCCUGCGUGGUUCUAUCCUGGAGGAGUCGGUGCCGUCGGCAGCGCGACAUGCCACGCCCAGAGGCCUGUCUCCGAAGAGACUGCUGGAGUUCAUCCUCCCAGAGCUCAACCUGCACUGUCUGCGUCUGGCCUCCACCUCCCCCAAAGUCAGAGACACGCUCCUCAAACUGGACGAACAGGGGCUGAAUUUCCAGCGUAAAGUCGGAGUGAUGUAUUGUCGUGCGGGACAGAGUUCAGAGGAGGACAUGUAUAAUAAUGAGAGUGCUGGUCCGGCGUUUGACGAGUUUUUGGACCUGCUCGGGGAGAGAGUGCGACUGAAGGGAUGGGAGAAGUACAGGGCCCAGCUGGACACCAAGACGGAUUCGACGGGCACACACUCCCUGUACACUCGUUACCAGGACUACGAGAUUAUGUUCCAUGUGUCCACUAUGCUUCCCUACACAGCAAACAACACGCAACAGUUGCUGAGGAAGAGACACAUUGGGAAUGAUAUUGUGACCAUAGUCUUCCAGGAGCCGGGAGCCUUGCCCUUUACGCCCAAAGCCAUCCGGUCUCAUUUCCAGCAUGUGUUUAUUAUCGUCAGAGCGCACGAGUCCUGCACUGAAAACGCAUAUUACAGAGUGGCUGUGACCCGAUCCAAGGACAUCCCUCUCUUUGGCCCUCUCUUUCCUAAAGGAGCUAAAUUCCCUCGUUCUCCAGCCUUCCGGGACUUUUUGCUAGCCAAGUGUGUCAACGCAGAAAACGCGUCGGAAAAGUCGGAAAAAUUCCGCUCCAUGGCAACCAGGACGCGACAGGAAUACCUCAAGGACCUAGCAGAGAACUACGUUACCACCACACCCAUCGACUCUUCCACCAAAUUCCCCCUCCUGUCCCUGGGCGGAAAACGCAAAGACAAGCUCAAGGGGGCAAAAGGGGCAGAGCUACACAGCGCAGGUGCCCUGGUGUGGGCAGUGUCUGCCAGCGAGCUUGGCGAGCCAGAGAGCCAAUGGCUGCCCUGCCUGCUGGGCGUGUCUGCAGAAUCUGUGGUGCUGAUUGAACGCUAUUCACGGAGAGUGGUCUUUAACUGCUGCUGCCGCGAUGUGAUUGGCUGGAAAGCUGUGACAGAAGGCGGGGUCAAAGGGGGGCCUUGCCUUGACAUCUUCUAUGAGAGAGGGGAGUCAGUGUCCAUCAGUGUUCCUGAAAGUCAAGCAGAGGACAUUAAGGAGGUGGUCCAGAGACUGGAGCUGGUGACCCGCGGUUGCGAGGCACGAGAGGUGACCCCGUUGCGUGACGGUGUGGGCCAGCCUGGUUUUCUGAUGAGUGAGGAGGGUUUUGUGACGGAGGUCCAGCCCUUCGGUUACGCUGAGAGUGGAGGUCUUCAGCUGUCUGCCCGUGUGGUGAGGCUGUGUGGGCAGCCGCUAGUCCACCUCAGCAUGGACGAGAGAACCAGGCUACUGCGCACAGCUCACAAGAUACACAUCAUGGUUAUCCCGCCAGAUGAGAACGGCAAACCACGCAGGAGUUUCUCUGAGCUGUAUCAGAAGGCGAACCAGGAUGCAGGUGAGGGGCAGUCAGGUGAGGCCUGGGUGCUGGAUGACAGGGAGGUGAAUGAGGAAGAGGAGGACAGAGAGGAGGAGCAGAGGCAGCAGGGGGAAGGAGAGGAGUCCACUGUGCAGACAGAUCAUUCGACUGGAGACGCGUCUCUGCUCUCCCCACCCAACCUAAGCCUUCUGCGGGCAUCCUCUCUCCAGGACAACCCCUCAAGCCCCACCCCAGAGAUCACCCCCAUGGCACUGACACGCAGUUACUCACUGGAGAGAAACGCACUGGGUCAGGACAUCUGUGACGGACAUGUAUAUGAUAAUGUGGGGCUGAAGGUAAACACACAUAUUUAUGAGAACCCCGGGGAGCUGAGAGAUGCCACCCCAGACCUCAUUCUGGCCGUCAAACCCAAAGCAGGUCAGGAGGAGGACGGACAGCACAAACAGUUUGGAGUGGAUGAUGAGCUGGGUGGAGAGGGGCCCUGUGCCAGUAACUCGUCCGUUCACUCUGUGCUUAUGGACCAGUCAGAACGUAACUCCAGGGCUCUGAGCCUCCACAACUCCAUCACCAAGAUCUUGUCAGAGACCGCUGAUUCCACUGAAGAGGAGUGGCAGUCUAUCUCUGAUCUGGCCAGUGCCUGUCGGAAUAUUCUGGAAGCUCUGUCCCGAGAAGAUCGGAAGGCUGGUGAUGGAACACAAGCUGCAGCAGACACACAAACCCCCCCAGGCCAGACGGAUACUAAAGCCAGAGAUAUAAAAGAGAGUGACUCUCCUAGUCAUCUGGAGGAGAAAGUCUCUCAGUUGGAGAACAUGCUGAAGAGGCUGCAGGCUGACCUUCAAAAGGAGAAGGAGGACAAGGCGGUGCUGCAGGCGGAGGUGCAGAGUCUCAGACAGAAUAACCAGCGUCUGCAGGAGGAGUCCCAGAGCACAGUCGCGCGCCUCAUCAAAGUCACAGAGCUCCUGUGUAACGUCAACAAGCCCUGCUAA